GGCUGUGCUCAGUCUUCCCUUCACUAACUUGGAAUGGUUUCAAAUGGCAAGCAUCCUCCUUUAACCCGAAUAACCAUUCAUCAGCAAACACAUCGGAUCGAUGUUACCCUAACCCGAGAGGCUGCCCUGUCACAAAAUACAGGCGUAAAGAUGCAGUGGACGCCGGAGCAUGCGCAGUGGGCGGAGCAGCACUUUGACAUCACCUCCACCACCCGCUCGCCGGCUCACAAGGCUGAGGCCUACCGGGGACACCUGCAGCGCACCUAUCAGUAUUCUUGGGCCAACGAUGACAUCUCAGCGCUGACCGCCUCCAACCUCUUGAAGAAGUAUGCCGAGAAGUAUUCGGGGAUCUUGGAGGGCCCCAACGAGAGGGUCCUCCUGAGCUCCUACUCGGAGGGGGGCCCACCGCUCAUCAACGGCAGGAAAUCGGAGAGUGAACCCUGGCAAGAGGGAGUCUACUCCAUGAACUGCGUCCCAGACGUGAUAUCCGCAAGCAAGGCCGGGGUGACGGCUGCCCUGCCCCCAGCAGACGUCUCUGCCAGCAUUGGCAGCUCGCCGGGGGUGGCCAGCAACCUGACGGAGCCUAGCUACUCCAGCAGCAGCUGUGGAAGUCACACAGUGGCGGGCCUUCACUCCGUACUCCCCUCUCAGGAAUACGCCCCGGGGUACAAUGGCUCCUACCUGCAUUCCAGUUAUAGCGGGCAGUCUGCCUCAGCCCUGCCGUCGCCUCACCCAUCACCUUUGCACAGCGCUGGGCUCCUGCAGCCACCCCCGCCACCCCCACCUCCCCCCCCAGCUCUCGUGCCGGGCUACAACACUGGCUCGCCAAACAUCUCCAGCUACAAUUACCCUCCGGCAGGGUAUCCUCCACAGACUGCUGUUGCCCCGGGUUACGGCCCCGGGGGAGCGCCACCUCCCUCUGCCUACUUGCCAUCAGGUAUAGCCGCUCCUACGCCCUUGCCUCCCUCAACCCUCCCCGGCUAUUCCUACCAGUCACACAGUCUUGCGCCAAUCGCACCAACACCGCUGAACAGUAGUUCGGCUAAUUCCCUGAAGCGGAAGGCUUUCUAUAUGACAGGGCAAGGAGAGAUAGACUCCAGUUAUGGAAAUUUCAGCUACAGCCAACAGCGAUCAACUCAGAGCCCUAUGUACCAGAUGGGGGACAACAGCGUUUCAAGCACAGGCCGGGGGAAUGGAUUUGACAGAAGUGCUGAGGCGUCAUCUUUGGCGUUUAAGCCGACAAAGCAACUGUUGCCCUCGGAUCAGCAGAGAAAGUUCGGCAGUCAGUCCGGCAGGGCGCUAACCCCCCCAUCCUACCCUUCAACGAAAGGCUCCCUGGGCAGCUCGCGGUCGGGUGAGCCGUUCGGCAAGUUCACGUCCCCCGUCAUGGGCGAGCACGGCGACGAGCACCGGCAGCACCUCUCCCACCCGGUGCUGGGGUCGGCCGUCGGCACAGCUACCUCAUCUACCCAUCCCGCAGAGGAGCAGCUGAAGGGCAGCGAUCCACACCUCGUGGAGCUGGUCACCACGGAGAUUAUUCAGCAGGGCCCCCCAGUAGACUGGAGCGACAUAGCUGGACUGGAGUUGGCCAAAGCCACAAUAAAAGAAGAGGUCUUGUGGCCUAUGUUGAGGCCGGAUGUGUUUAGUGGACUCACCGCAUUACCUCGUACCAUUCUUUUGUUUGGACCUCAGGGAACAGGCCGAAUGCUACUGGGUCGGUGCAUAGCCAGCCAGCUGGGGGCGGUGUUCCUCCAGCUCAGUGGUUCCGCCCUGGUGACCAAGUGGGUGGGCGAAGGAGACAAGAUUAUCCACGCCUCGUUCCUGGUGGCACGGUGCCGGCAGCCUGCCGUGGUAUUCAUCAGCGAGAUCGACAUGCUGCUGUCCGCCCAGCUCAGCGAGGAGAGCCCAGUGAGCAGGAUCAAGGGCGAGCUCCUCAUGCAGCUGGACGGCAUCCUUGCCUCAGCCGAGGACCACGUGGUAGUUGUGUGCUCCACGAGUAAGCCCGAGGAGAUUGACGAGUCUUUGCGGAGGUACUUCAUGAAGCGGAUCCUCAUCCCGCUGCCCGACAGCACGGCAAGGCACCAGAUAAUCAGCCAGCUGCUUUCGCAGCACAACUACUGCCUCAACGACAAGGAGUUGGCGCUGCUCGUCCAGCGAACAGAGGGUUUCUCGGGGCUCGACGUGGCCCGCCUGUGUCAGGAGGCAGUGGUGGGACCUCUGCAUGCUGUGCCGGGCGCAGACCUUUCAGCCAUCCUUCCCGGCCAGUUGCGGCCAGUCACCUACCAGGACUUCGAGAACGUUUUUUGUAAAAUUCAGCCCAGUAUAUCACAGAAAGAACUUGACACAUACAUUAAGUGGAACAAAAUGUUUGGCUGUAGUCAAUGAAAAGAGAGAACUGGAGAUCGAGAGGGAGCGACCCAGUUGGCCCGUGAGCUCGUUAGAGGAAGAGUACCACUGGAAGGGUUCUCCUUUCAGUGUCGCAGCUUGAAGGUCGAGGGGGUAUACAGACAACAGUGAUCUUAGCACCUAAACUGUCAGAAGGGACUUAAAAUAAGUGUGCUUUAACUGAGAGCUGGCAAUCUGCAAGUAACACACGCACGCACGUACACACGCACGCACGCACGCACGCUCACACAGAAAUCUUAUUUUGAUGCUUGAUACUGCUGAGGUCGGGCAUCUCAUUCAAAGGUGCAAGUGGGUUGACUUCAAGAGGAUGGAAACCCAGUGUGUAUAUAUCAUUCUGCUCUUCUUGAGAUUUAGUUGCUAUCAAGUGCCUGAAGUGGUGCUUUUUGAUUUGGUUGUUGUUAUUGUUUGUUUGCCUCACAAUCUACAUUGGUGGCAUGUGCUAAUAUAAAAAAGAGCUUUAACUCCAAACACUAAAUUUAGAGAUUCUCUGUUGUUUUUUAGGAGACGGUUUGAUUGUUAUUGUUAUUAUUUUGCCAUUUUAAGAGCAACAGUAUUCCUCAGUUGUCUGUUCUGCGGUGUCAUCUGGGAACAGGAUGAAAUACUCACAUGUAGGGUGAUGGAGAUCUGGGCCCUAAGUUAUCGACUUUCAUUUCUUUUGAUGUUCUGACUGCGAAAACUCAGGAAAGCGAUUGUGAUUUGUACAGUACCUCAAAAGAUUGUGUCGAAAGCACUAUGUACUGCUGAAAGUAUUAGGUUAGGCAUCUUAUUUACGUUACGAGGGGGGUGGGGUGGGGGGGAUGGGGGCGGAGAAUAAUU